UUCGUUGCAUGCAUCAAUCAUCAAUCCAGAAAUAAAAAUAAAUAACAGAGCGUGGAAGGCAGCUAAGAUGAUUUUAGUUUGAAUCUUUUUAAAAUAUAAUCAGUUUGCCAUAGUUCUACCAAUUAUUCUCUAAAAACUAUUGUAGUAGAUUCUUCAUCGUCAUAUGACGUGUUGUGGUUAAAUCAAUCACUUGUUGUGUUAACAUCACAUCAUUUAAGAUUACUUUUUUUUCUUUUUACAAUGUCUCAAUCACUUAUCGAUAUUUGCAGUAUAAGAGUAAGUUCUGUCUUAAACAAGAGUAAAGAAUAUGGGAAACAGAAUAUGAUCAAUAAUUGCGACGAUACAUCCUGGAACUCCGAUCAAGGUAGUCCACAGUGGUUACAAUUAGAUUUUAAAACUUCUGUUAGCAUUGAAGAAUUGCACAUUCAGUUUCAAGGUGGAUUUUGUGGUAAAGAUUGUCUAGUCGAAAUCAGACGCAACGAAAUGAUGGAAAAACAUAAAUAUAUUUAUCCUGAAGAUUGCAAUUCACUACAGGUAUUUACUUUAAACACAGAACCUACUGAUUGUAUGAAAGUGACGUUUUCAGACAGUACAGAUUUCUACGGAAGAAUAAUUAUAUACAAAUUAGAUGUAAGAGGAAAAACGUGAAAUAAAUUGUUUUAUUUUAUAA